AUGAUGAUGAUGAACUCUACUCAGGUUUCAUAUUUCUCACUAACUGCCUACUUUGACACCGGGCUGUUUAAAUAUCUCUACUUCAUUAUUAUCAUGUGUUUGUAUGUGUUGAUCAUUAGUGCCAAUGUGUUGCUCAUCGUGGUUAUCUGUAGUAACAGAAGCUUACAUGAACCUAUGUACCUUUUCCUGUGCAGCCUGUUUGUAAAUGAACUGUAUGGUAGUACAGGGUUGUUUCCAUUCCUUCUGGUUCAGAUCCUCUCUGACAUUCACACUGUUGCUGCUCCGCUCUGCUUCCUGCAGAUCUUCUGUCUGUACUCAUACGGCGGCGUUGAGUUUCUGACGUUAGCCGUCAUGUCUUACGACCGCUACCUGGCCAUCUGUUAUCCUCUGCAGUACAACACACGUAUGACUCAUACUAAGGUCACGGUUCUGACGGCUCUGAUCUGGUUCUACCCGUUAGUGGUGAACACGUACAUCGUAUCGGGUCUGACGGUUCCUCUUCGGCUGUGUGGGAACGUCAUCAACAAAGUCUACUGUGAUAACUACUACGUGGUUAAACUGGCCUGCUCCGACACCUCCGUCAACAACAUCUUUGGACUCGCUCACAUGUUCACCGUCAUCUUUGCUCUGAUCAUAUUGAUCCUGUUCUCCUACAUGAGGAUCCUCAGAGAGGAGAGGUAUAUACAUGUAUAUGCAUAA